CAACAACAACAACCCAGUUAAAUCCCACAAGAGUAGGGUCUGGGGAGGGUGUGUGUACGCAGACCUUACCCCUACUCGAAAGUAGAGAGGCUGUUUCCAAAGAGACCCCCGGCUCAACGUCGAAAGUUGCAUUGCUUGACUAACUGCUACUUCAUUAAUUAAAGAAGCGCAGACAGUUUAGAGAUCCAUUUUGAUUUAUUCCAUCACACCCCAAAACAAAAAAAUGGUGAAAUUUUGGCUUCGAUGGAUGAUGGAAAAGAAGAAAGAAAGAAACAAGUUAAAGAAUUCAAACCCGUGAGCUAGGGUUUUUUUGUAAAACGGGAAAAGCUCCAUUGCGAGUAAUUUAUGCCCUUCGCUGAAGAUGGAGAAUCCAAACCUUCCUCCUUCGCCGAUAGGAUUAGAGCCCGCUCCUAAAAAGCAGAAGAUGUCCACCGCCACGACCUCCGACGAUGAAGAAUUUGACCCAGCCGUCCCCGCCGCCGACGGAGGUUCUCCUCCGGAACGGAAACCCCGGUACAAGCGCCGCAAAGUCGCAAUUUUCUUCGCCUACUGCGGGGUUGGAUAUCAGGGUAUGCAAAAGAACCCCGGGGCGAAAACCAUAGAAGGGGACCUCGAAGAAGCUCUAUUUCACGCCGGCGCCGUGCCGGAGCAAGACAGGGGCCAGCCUCGGCGGUAUGAUUGGGCUCGCUCAGCUCGGACUGACAAGGGUGUGAGCGCCGUAGGUCAAGUCAUCUCGGGUCGUUUCUACACUGACCCGCCUGGUUUCAUCGACCGCAUGAACUCGAACCUCUCUCCUCAGAUCCGGAUCUUCGGUUACAAGCGAACGACGGCAUCGUUCAAUGCUAAGAAGUUCUGUGAUAAGCGGAGGUAUGUUUACUUAAUCCCUGUUUUCGCUCUGGACCCUUCUGCUCACCCCGACAGGGAAACUGUUCUUGCUAGUAUGGGAUCUGGAAAUGAACUUGUUAAGUGUGUAGAGUGUUCAGAAAGAGGACGUAAAGUUGAAGGUGUAAUGGGUAAACGAAGCUUCGAUUCAAAGAAUGAGCGAAAUGGGGCUUCAUCUGAUUCGGGCAUUUUGUCGAACACAAAGAACUCCCCCCUCCAUUCUGUAGAAAAUGGUGAUGAUGCUAGUUAUCCAUGUUCUGAAACUGAGAAAAAAUUAGAAAGUGUUACUCCUCAAGAGGAGAAUGAUGAAGCUACAGACAUGAAUGGUGCAAAGGGAGACGACAAAGACACUUUAGCCACGAAAAAGACGGAGUUUUCUUAUGGAGAUCUUGAGAAAGACAAGUUUAACAGAAUUCUUAAGUAUUACGAGGGAACACACAACUUCCACAAUUUCACAACAAGAAUAAAAGCUGAAGACCCAUCUGCGAAGCGAUACAUUAUCUCUUUUGCUGCAGACACCACAGUUAAUGUUGAAGGCAUUGAGUUUGUUAAGUGUGAGGUGGUUGGACAAAGCUUCAUGCUUCAUCAAAUCCGUAAGAUGAUCGGUCUUGCUGUGGCAAUCAUGAGGAAUUGUUCUCCAGAGUCUUUGAUUCAAACAGCUUUCCGCAAGGAUGUUAAUAUUAAUGUGCCUAUGGCUCCCGAGGUGGGAUUGUAUUUGGACGAGUGCUUCUUCACAUCAUAUAACCAAAAGUGGGAAGAUCACGAAGAACUGUCAAUGAAAGAUUAUGCAGGUGAGGCAGAGGACUUCAAAAUGAAGCAUAUUUACACUCAUAUUGCAUCAACAGAGCACAAGGAAGGAGUGAUGGGUCUCUGGCUACAUUCUCUGAACUACCGUAACUACCCUGAUUUAGCUUUUACAGAGCACGAAAAAACUGUGGAUUCAAAAAGUGAUGAAGGUGCAAAUAUGAAAAACGGGACAGAGAUCGGUUCAUGUGAGAAAACUGUGAAUGAUAAUACUACUGCUGUAGGUGAUGAUGUGGCACGCCGUCAUGUGAACAAGGCUGAUGAAUUGGACAUUAUAACUGGGGAAAUUGGCAUUUCUGCAAAUGCUGAAACCGCUUAGGGCAUGUUUGGUUAGUUGAGGCAGUGGUUCAAGUUUCACUUUUCAUCACUUCCCUCCCUCUGAAAUCAGAACCAAACAAACUCUUUGGGGGGAUGUUUGGGUUCGUUGGAUGUAAGCUACCAGAGGUAAUAUACCUGAAUUGCAUCAUUUGUUUUGGUUGUGGUUCAUGUUAUUGCCUUUGAUGUUUGAAGUUGUACCUAACACCCAACUUAACAUUUGCAUGCUUUUGAUGGAAUGCGUAAUACCACCCAAAUUCUUGGAUGAUUAAAAUCUCCUUUUUUAUUUACUGUACAAUAGUUGGAUUUUCAUGUUUGAGAACAAAUAUUUUGAGCCAUU